AUGUCACCUCCGCGCAGACCGCGGCCAGGCACCUCACCUGUCCGCGAGAAGGGUUCGCUCGACUACCGCGAUGUUGAGCACUACUCUCGACAACAACCGCCUUCAUCUCCAUAUUCUCCCUCGACCCGUCACAGACCAGGCCUCUACCCCUCUGACACAGCAACCUCAUUCGGUUCUCGCGCCGAAGACAACGUGCCCAUCAUGUCCGGGCCCAACCCCGCCAGCGACCUGGGCCGCAAGAAGUCGCUGAUCAGACCUGAGCGGAACCGAAUCGAUCGAUCACAUCCGAAUUACCACUAUCGGCAGCAUGCACAUAAUAUGGAGGUCUUUCCUUCGUCGACGGGCAAUGAUCCUAUUCUCGAAGACAACACCGAAUCACGCACAGUCAGCUCAGACAGCUCAAAUAUAAAACCUGUUGAUGACCUCAACACACCCUACUCGGACGACCCACGCGUAGCACGAGCGCCCGGGGGUAUCGAGCCCUUAGGCAAGAAGCGAGCUCCGCGGAAGCUCACGAGAAAGGAGACGGCCAAGCUCACGGACGAGGAGAAGCGGCGGCAGAAAGAGCUGGAUGCCAUCAAACCUCCUUCGCCCUGGAACGUCUAUUGCGCUAUUGUCACAUUCUGGGCUCCCGAUGUGGUGCUCAAAUGCUUCGGCAUGCCUGCGAAAGCUCAGCGACGGGCGUGGCGGGAGAAGAUGGGCUUGGUCAGUGUCAUUGUGCUCAUCUGUGGGUUUGUUGGUUUCUUGACCUUCGGAUUCACGCAAGCUGUGUGCGGGCAACCUGGGUUGCGGCUCAAGAUCAAUGAUGUUGAUGCGGGUUAUAUGAUUUUUCAUGGCGAGGCAUACAAUCUGGACGGCUCAUUACAUCCCGCUGCUAAGGGUGUGCCGAUUGAUAGCAACGUGCUCUAUGAUUUGCCGCACAAGUAUGGUGGGCAGGAUGGGAGUUUCAUGUUUCAGCAGGUCAACGGUGCGUGCAAGGGCUUGAUCACACGAGCCGAGGGUUCUGAUGUGCCCACGAACGGCGAUGGGGACCUUGCGUGGUAUUUCCCUUGCAAGGCUUUCAAUCAGGAUGGGUCAUCGCAGCCCAACACUUCAAUCGAGUACUACCUGGGAUAUGCCUGCCAUACGACAGAGAAGGCGAGGAACACCUUCUACGGUCUUAGAAAGGCCGGAGAGGUCUUCUUCACUUGGGACGACAUCAAGAACAGCAGCCGCAAUCUGGCAGUCUACUCGAACUCGGUCAUCGAUCUGGAUUUGCUGAGGUGGUUCAACGACAGCCAGGUGGCCGUGCCACAGCAAUUCACCGACAUGCGAGAAAAUGAGGCCAUCAAGGGUGUGGAUCUCACUCAUGUCUUGGUCAGUGGGCAAGACAAGCAGAUUGGGCGAUGUCUGUCAGAGAUUAUCAAGGUCGGUUCUAUCGACACCGAAACCGUCGGCUGCAUUGCUUCCAAAGUGGUGCUCUACGUCUCGCUAGUCUUCAUCCUGUCCAUUGUGUUGGCAAAGUUCUUUCUCGCGCUGGCAUUUCAGUGGUUCUUGUCCCGGCGAUUUGCGGCGGCGAAGACAUCGCAGUCAUCAGAUACGAAGAAGCGACGCAAGCAGAUCGAGGACUGGUCGGACGAUAUCUACAAGCAAGCUCCCAGGAUCACCGAUCCCGCUAGCACGGUUACUGGAUCUGAUGGUCGGACGAGCAAACGAGGUAGUACCCUGUUUCCGCAGACCUCGCGAUUCACCAGUCCCUAUGCUGUCGAACGCACAUCCAAGGUCUUCAAGGCGCCACCAACGACCAUGACGACUAGCCAGGGCGCCGCUGCUGGAGGCCGGCCGAACUCGCUGUACGGCCAUGGCUACAACAUGAGCACCAACACUCUUGACCUGCCCAAUCGCAUGAGCGUGGGCGCCAGUCGGUCGAGUUUGAUGCUUGCUGGGCAGGACUCUCGUUACUCACAAGUCAUGGACGAUGCAAUGGGCCCUCAGGGCUUCAUCCACGAAAAUGUUGUUCCUCAGCCACCACCGGAAUGGCAACCCUUUGGAUACCCAUUGGCACACGCGCUCUGCUUGGUCACUGCAUACUCAGAAGGCGAGGACGGCCUACGCAGCACUCUCGACUCAAUCGCAACCACCGACUAUCCCAACAGCCACAAGGCCAUUGUCGUUAUUUGCGACGGUAUGAUCAAAGGCAAAGGCGAGACAAUGACGACUCCCGAUAUCGCACUCAGCAUGAUGGGCGACUUUGUGACCCUGCCCGAAGACGUUUCCGCCUUCUCGUACGUCGCUGUGGCAUCCGGCUCCAAGAGGCACAACAUGGCUAAGAUCUAUGCUGGCUUCUACGACUACGGCCGCGAAUCACGCAUACCUGCUGAAAAGCAACAGCGCGUACCAAUGAUGGUCGUCGUCAAAUGCGGCACACCCGACGAAGUCACGAAGUCCAAGCCUGGCAAUCGUGGCAAGCGUGACUCCCAGAUCAUCCUUAUGUCCUUCCUCCAGAAAGUCAUGUUUGACGAGCGCAUGACCGAGCUCGAGUACGAGAUGUUCAAUGGUCUUUGGCGGGUCACGGGCAUGAGUCCCGACUUCUACGAAACCGUGCUGAUGGUGGACGCGGACACGAAAGUCUUCCCGGAUUCGCUCACGCACAUGAUUUCUGCCAUGGUCAAGGACCCCGAGAUUAUGGGUCUCUGCGGCGAGACCAAGAUUGCGAACAAACGCGCCAGCUGGGUCAGCAUGAUUCAGGUGUUUGAGUACUUCAUCUCGCACCACUUGUCGAAGUCGUUCGAGUCCGUCUUCGGAGGCGCCAAAGGGAGGACAGAACUACUGGGUGCUAUCCUAGCUAAUCCGGACGUCGUGGAGCACUACUCGGAAAAUGUGGUCGACACGCUGCACAAGAAGAAUUUGUUGCUUUUGGGCGAGGAUCGAUAUCUCUCGACACUCAUGCUCAAGACUUUCCCGAAGCGCAAGCAGGUCUUCGUCCCACAGGCCGUCUGCAAGACCACUGUACCGGAACAGUUCAGCGUGCUGCUGUCGCAGCGUCGUCGGUGGAUCAAUUCGACGGUGCACAACCUCAUGGAACUGGUGCUCGUGCGCGACCUGUGCGGCACGUUCUGCUUCAGCAUGCAGUUCGUCGUCUUUAUCGAACUUGUUGGGACGCUGGUUCUGCCCGCUGCUAUUUCGUUUACGGUCUACCUGAUCAUCAUCUCCAUUGUCCGGAAACCCGUGCCUGUUAUCCCGCUGAUCUUGUUGGCGCUUAUCUUGGGUCUUCCCGCGGUGUUGAUUGUCGUUACGGCGCAUCGGUGGUCGUAUAUUCUCUGGAUGAUGAUCUAUAUCAUCUCGCUGCCGAUAUGGAAUUUGGUCUUACCCCUUUAUGCGUACUGGAAGUUCGAUGACUUCAGUUGGGGUGAUACCAGGAAGACGGCCGGGGAGAAGACGAAGAAGGCUGGAAUUGAGUAUGAGGGCGAGUUUGACUCGAGUAAGAUUACGAUGAAACGGUGGGGCGAUUUUGAGAAAGAACGAAGAAUGCGCGAACCAAUGGGCGCAGGCUGGGAUGCCCAGGGAAUGCCCCAGCCGCGACCGAUGCCGCCGCCCCAUCAGCUUAGGGAGAUGCAGAAUGGGAUGUAUGGGCAGGAGCCGUAUCAUGAUUACUGA